GGAGACAUCUUCGGAUUGUCGUAAGCGUCAAAACCAGAAUCAGGACCCCUAUUCCACAGAUUACUUUACCAACGGAACUGACUCGACAACAGCUGGAGAGAUGUUAGACACAAGACACCCACCGCCCCAACCGCCGCCCGAGUAUUGCUACACCCCAGAGGAUUCCUCUCCAGAAGGCUCAAGUUCCUCCUCUCAUGUCAUAAAUCAACUUGCGCAAGGAUCUCCACCACCACCACCACCAACAGCUACCACGAAAGAGGAGCCGAGUCCGAACAAGCGUUACCAACUUGACCCCUCUGUCAUGCGACGGAGUAGUAGACUGACGCAGGCGCAGUUGCACCACCAACAACAGCAGCAGUACCUUACCUCCCAGAAGCGUCGUUCCAUGCUUCGCACCGAGAUGCUGACGCCCGGUAUGAUGAUGAACAACAGUCGAAACGCAAUAUCACUUCCUGCUAGACCCCGGCGUCUAGCUGCUUCCAUUUACACUGCAAAUCAGCAACAUCAAGAGCUUCAGUCGGUUCGUAGGAGUCAGUUUGUUCAACGCCAGUACGCACUGCGUAGUUACGCCAACGCUCAGGGUUUCACUGCUAUGCAAGCGCAGACCUGGAAGUCACCUAGACUCCCACCUGAUGCCGCUUCUGCUGAUGCAUCUGUUACCACCUCUUCAUCCGCUGGUAGUACUUCAGAACAGAUGUUGAGGCAACAAGAAUACUUCUACAAGGCGGACACAUCUCAGGGUCAGUUGAAUCCCACUUCGACUGCCGAAGCCGCAGAAAGAACUCCCAAUGGUGCCUGGGGCCAUAUGACGCAACAGCAACAGCUUGCUAUUGUGAACAAUCCACGCUGGCGUCUACAGCAGACUAUUCCACCUACUCAACCGACUGUGCCUGAAGAACAACAGCCACAGCAGCCGCCACCACCGAUUCGAAAGACGACCCUGUGCGUCGGCAGACAGUCUAUGGUGCGACGGGUAACAAUGACCUCUAACCGAAGCGGUGAGGGUUCUGAGAUCCUACUGAAACCGAGCCCAAGCACGUCCGACUUUGAUCCGAUGCUGCCAACAACAGGGAGGUCAAAGACGUUCAAUUUCUCCUCAUCGGGCCACUUUUCAGAUAACCCCUGCACCAGACUUCGACCACGUAGAACCACUCCUCGGUCCACAGCCUAUGAAGUGGAGAACAAGCGAAGUGAUGUUGGAGACAGUGAUAGCGUUGGUGGUGGUGGUGGUGGUGGUGGAGACGCCGGCAGCGGUAGUGGUAGUAGUGGUAUGCUCUCACCACCUCUCUCCGCCGCAGACCUCGCCUUACAGGAAUUCAAUUACUUCAUCGAGCCCUUUGAAAGCACCUGGAAGGACGUCAAACUGACGCUCUUGCAGCAACCUGAGCUGCAGCACCGAGCUCGUUAUCUCACAGAAGGCAGUCGAGGACCAAUUAAAAACCGCACCUUUGACGGCUAUCCGACAAUCCAGCUCCAAGGCUGGUCAGGCCCUGCUAUGGUACAGGUGUUCGUAGCCAACGAGUCUACGGAUCCCCAUCUACACCUGUUUUACCAGGUCUGCCUCGUGUCUACAAAAAGCAAUCGUGGCUGCUCUGAGCUGGUCUGCGGUUUCACCACAGUAGUGCAGGUGCCCUUCACUCCAAACACGGAGGACCGCGUAAUGAGUGUAGAUUCUGUCGGACUUGUAAAGCUACGCAACUCUGAUGUGGAAAGACGAAUGGCGUCACUAUCAGAAGAGCAGCAAAAGAAGCUCCUUAGCUUACCUGGACUUCCUCCGCCUUCCACUCCUACCUCCGGUCCCUCUACCGCUGCCACGUCCUCCUCCGCAAUUCAGCAUGGACAGCUGCCUUCCACUCAGAUCUGCGAAGAAGUUGCGCGCCGUUCAAUAAAGCCCAAGUCGAGCUCUGCACGCCUUGUCUACAGGGUCCUCCUCAUUUCUCAUGAAAAUAGGGUAGAGGGGGUGGUUCAGGUCAUCAGUGAUCCCAUUCGCUGCACGCAAAUCGUUGGCGGACCAGAGAUCUGUCGGAUGUCGAUCAAGGAGGGAGACGCACGGGGUCAACCAGAGCUCUAUAUUAUUGGAAAGAACUUUGUGCGUGGAACUCGUGUCAUCUUCCGCCAGCUGGCCUCCAGUGCUUCUACCAGCAACAGUCUGCCUACCGACUUGAAUGGUGAGGACAAAGUAGAUGUUGUAUGGGAAAGGGACGCCGCUAUAGACCCAAACUUCUUCUAUCAGACUCACCUGAUUUGUAAAGUUCCGGAGUAUAGUGGUCCCUCCAUCCCCUUGACCUCGCCGUUGCAGGUCCACGUGUACAUCCAAACGCCAACCAAAGCGGGUCGGCCCGAGACCUUCACUUACCUACCCUCCCAACCGCUGCGUGGACCACCGGUGAUUGCCCGACUGUCACACUGCGAGGCAUCCACAAGCGGCAUGGUGGACCUAAUUAUCCUCGGCUCUAACUUUGCACCCAGCUGUCGUGUCCUCUUCCGCCAAGUGGUCUUAGCGACAGAUAAUGGUGGUGUCUACGCCUCGUCCGGCUUGUUUGAGGAAACAAAGGUGGUUUGGCAACGUGAAGCUCGUGUAGACACCGACUUCCUCACUGAUUCACACCUGGUCUGCUGCGUACCUCCCUAUGACGGCCAGUCAGCGCCACUGCUGGGUCCGCUGCGGGUGCAGAUCGUCAUUGAUGCUCCCAGCGGAACCAGUGCACCUAAAAAUUUCUACUACAUCCAGCAGUUCGACAAGUUUCACGAAGCUAGAGUGUAUCCGAAUCAUGCCUUCAAACUCCACAAAAAUAAGGAUGCAGCUUCACCUUCAGCGCCAGGCUAG